UUCAGACGUUUAACACGUCUCAUAGAGAAUUUUUUAAAUUUCAGAUCUACGCACAACGAGCUGGAGAAAAAUAGACGAGCUCACAUGAAGAUGUGCCUGGAGAAGUUAAAGGAAGCCGUUCCUCUGGGUCCGGAUUGUACGAGGCACACAACUCUUGGACUACUCAUUGAAGCCAGAGCGCUCAUUAAA